CUAUUUAACUAGAGCUGGCCGGCCUUGAGAGUCGACCCCUUUUCCGUCCAGCAGGCGAAGGCAAUUCCAAGUCGGGUUGUUGUUUGGAGAUGGAAGGAGGUCCCUCCUCCCGUCCCUCACGGUGCCCUGCGAGCUUGCCCAUUCGCCAGAUACCUUGGGACGAUGGAGAUAGAAACAAGGUGCUACCGGCGUUCACGAAAAAGCGAACGCUUCGGAAGGACAAAACGAUGACGCAGGCCAUCGGGGAGUCCAGCCGUCCAUACAGAUACGACGUGUUCCUGAGCUUCCGUGGCGAGGAUACACGCAACGGCUUCACCAGCUACCUCCACGCGGCGCUGGACCAGAGAGGGAUCGCCGCGUUCAUGGACGAGGAGGAGCUCUGGAAGGGCGAGGAGAUCGCGCCGGCGAUCCUCCGAGCCAUCGGGGAGUCGAGGAUCUCGAUCGUCGUGUUCUCGAAGAACUACGCGUCCUCCAGCUGGUGCUUGGACGAGCUGGUGAGAAUCGUGGAGUGCAGGGAUACGAUGGGGCAGAUGGUGUGGCCGGUGUUCUACAAGGUGGAUCCGUCGGAUGUGAGGAAGCAGAGGCGGAGGUACGGACGAGCGCUAAUCGAUCACGAGGAGAGGUUGAAGUCGAACGGCGGCGAUUCGGAGAAGGUGAAGAGGUGGAGAGAAGCACUGACUGAAGCUGCUAACAUCUCCGGCUGGCAUUUGGUUGACCAGCGCGAGUCUAAUGUCAUUCAGAGCAUUGUUAGGAGAGUAUGGGCUCAGGUGAAUCACAAUCAGUUACAUGUUCCUGGAAACGUGGUUGCCAUGGAUUCACACAUGUCCCGUAUGCGUACUUUGCUAGACAUCAAAGCAAAUGAGGUUCGCAUGGUUGGGGGAAGACGACUAUCGCCAAAGCUACUUACAAUGCUUUCUCGCACAAAUUUGACUGUUGCAGCUUUCUUUCCAAUGUUAGAGAAACUUGUGAGAAAUCCGCAGAAGGUGGCCUACUUCAGCUUCAAGAGACACUCUUUUCUCAGCUAAUGUGGGAUGAUGAUUUGAAGCUUGGCAAUGUCCACAGAGGUUUGAGCAUGAUAAAGAAUAGACUUUGCAAAAAAAAGGUCCUCAUUGUCGUUGACGAUGUGAACCAGUUGAUCCAAUUGGAAACACUAGUUGGACGA